UUUCGUUCUUUCAUUCUUUCGUACUUUCGUACUUUCCUCGGUGUGGAACGCACCUUCCUCACCAAUUUGCCAGGAUGAUUCCCACCACUUUUCCAAGAUGUUCUCUAUGUCGGUCCUCCUUUGUAGAUGAACGCCAGAACACGUCUGUUGGACAAAACGAUGGGGCUCGAUCGUACACAUGUAGUGGGCUAUGCCACCACGUUGUUGCAUACCCACCAGCUCCGUCGAGAAAACGUGUUGCUCCAUGGUCGAUUGCAGAGUUGCGAGGAACACAUCGACAGCUUGAGAGAUGAGGUGAAGUCUUUAACAAACGACAGCAACAAGACGAAAGAGAAAUUACAGGAGUUGCUGGCCAACACUUCGCGUUAUGAGGUCGAUCUAGGGGCUCAAAAUGCCAACAUUCUUCGCCUUGAGGCCUCAAAUGAGAGUCUACAGAAGCAAGUCUCUUCUAUGAGCACACUCUACAAAGAAUGGCGACAUGACCAGGAGCAGCUACAGAGUCAUUUCGAUGAGCAAAUCAACAAGGUCUCGAGGACUAUGCAGAGAACCACCGAGGACCAUCAGAGUCAAAUGGAAUCUUUGAAAGCAUCCCUCGGAGUCUUGACGAGUGCCCUCGAGGAGAAAGCGGAUAUUGAUGCGGUUGCAAGAAUACAACAACAGUUGAGAAGACACCGAUCAGUUUCUCGAUCGUUAUCGCCCACUCUCAGUCGUGUCCUAGACAGCAUCGAAGAUCCUCCAGUCUCCCAAUAUAUUGACUUGUUCAGUAUAGUCCGUGGCCAGACGGAGAACAUCGUGAGGGACCAGGGGGUCCAAGUAUGCAAUUCACAACCGGAAGAACAAUUUCGAGGAGAUCAGAGUGGUCAAGGAGAAGAAGAAGAGGUUGACUCUCGUGAGCCUCCGCGACAGAGUACCACAAUACCUGACGAUCUGGACCUGGAUGCCAAUGCGGAGACAAGCAGCUACGCAGGGCAUCAUCACUAUUCAAAAGCGAAUGAGACACCACUGACUAUGUUGCCUGAGUUAGCAGCAGACCCUUCUGAACUAGCAAAGAUCAAUACCCUUCAUCAAAUGCGAUUCGAAACAUGGGAAAUUUACCACCAGAGAGCCCAAAGGCUGCUGGACAACCUACCUUCUGUCUUUGGAGAUGCCAUCAUGCGUCAAUUCGUGGAUGGAAUGUUUCGAGAGGUCCAGAGGAGGCAAUGCCAGCAGUUCCUCGAGAAGAUUGGUUGGAAGUGGGACAACAUAACAGCAUUCGGAGCUGCGUGUUCCCAGCUUGAGGCAGAAACAAAAAGACCAAAGCCAGCAUUUGAUAGCCAUUCAGCGACUGCUGAGUCUGUCAGUGAAAUCCCUCAAAGUCUGCUGACGGUGAUCAAGGAAAAUAGCCCACGAAAGGUGAUACGGCGCAAGGUACUUCGCAACACCGGCCCAGUACGUCGCAGCCAGCGUCUCCUUGAACGUGCAGGUGUUGAUGCAGAAAAAGAGGCGGUGGAUGUUGCAACACAGAAUGAAGAAAGUUCCGUAGCGGAGACAUUGAGUCGAAACACAAUCCAUGGACACCAGAUUGACACAGCGACUCCAAACUCAAGUAUGGCUCCUGCCGAAGAAGGUGUGAGUGUUCGAUCCCCUAAGCUGGUUUCUGGAAAGAGAGGACCAAGUCUCCAUCUUGAGAACGACAGCGACAGUGAGGUUCUCUUGCCGAGUAUGAAAAGAAUGAGACGUGUAGCAGUCUCAGUGAAGCAGAUUGCAAUCAAUACCCGAGCGUUUGACCAGCCACCACCGCCGGAGAUCCCAAUAUUGUCGACAACGACCGAGGAAUGACGGCUUGGCAAAGGUUCUGUAGGCCACGACAGGCGAUGACAUGUUAGAAGAGUGAAAUGCGGUAAACUGCAGUGCAAUGGGCAGUUGAUCCCGCGUCGUCAUGGGUUUGAGCACGAAAUCCUAGAAACAGGUUGUUGUGAUGUGAGAUGUUGAGAUUGUUUCCUUAGUUAGUUGCUCACGUUUCCUUAAAGAUAUAUCCAUCAUCUCCAUCAGCAUCCACCACAUCCAACAACAUAUUCGCCUCGACGACCUCCCUCCCAUCCGACAAUAACCCACACUUGACCACAUCCCCUCCCUUAAUCGGCCCAACCCCCUUAGGCGUGCCCGUCAAAACCAAAUCCCCCUCCUCCAAGGUCAUGACCUUGCUAAUAUCACUCAAAAUCCUGGGAAUAUUGAACAACAUCAAAUUCGAAUUAUCCUUCUGCUUCACCUCAUCAUUGACACUCAACCAAAUCUCCACAUCAUGCGGAUCAGCAAUACGAUCCCUUGGAAUUUCCUGACUGAUGGGUAAAAACGUAUCGAAC